AUGGCUGACACAAGGUCAAGAUCAAACUCUACUCCUCCACAACCUUCCGAAGAAAUACCCCCAGAACUGGCUCCAAUCGUCACCUUGUUAGGUGCUCAGGCCCACCGUCGUUACAAUGAAGGUGUCUUUAUGCUCUUACAGAGUAUCAACUCUGAUGGUGAACCAGUGCCAAAUCGUCAAUGGAGAGAAGUAUACGGUGUCUUGUUGGGGACUCAAUUGGCUGUUUGGGACGUUGAUGAAUUAGAAAAGCAUCAAAACAACACAGAAGCAUUGAUGAAUGCUAGUUCUAAGCCGGACUAUAUCAACUUUACAGACUCCUCAUUCAGAGCAGUUGAUAAAUUGGAAAACUCUCAAGGUUUGAAAAACAUUAUUAUCGUCUCUACAACUUUGAAAAAUCAAUAUCUUUUACAAUAUCAAGAACUUGAAGAUUUCCAUCGUUGGAACGCCGCUUUCAGAUUAUCCACGUUUGAAUAUACUUCAUUGCAAGAAGCUUAUACUGGUGCCUUAUUAUCUGCCAAAGGUUCAAAACUUUCAGAUAUUAGAACCAUUUUAUCAGAAUCGAAAUUUGAUUAUGAAGAUUGGGUUAGUGUUAGAUUCGGUUCUGGUAUGCCUUGGAAAAGAUGUUUUGCAGUUAUUGAACAACCAAACAAGAAAUCGAAAAAGGGGAAAGUUUAUAAAGGUUCAGUGUCAUUUUAUAAAGAUGAGAAAAAGCAAAAAAAAACAGCUAUGGCUAUUAUUAAGGAUGCAAGUGCUACUUAUGCUUUAUAUCCACAAUCCCAUAAGUUGAUUGACCAUAGUACAAUGAUCAAGUUGGAAGGUACAGUGUUUUUCGAUG